AUGCAGCGGCAGCGCAGCAAGAAGGCUGCGGAUGACCGGCGCGACGAGCGCUUCCGCGUCCAGGGUCUGAUUCCUGUCGGCCGGAUCGGGACGAUGCCCAACAUCGGCCGGAAGGUGGAGGCCGGGCUGGUCGAGCGAGUGCUGCCGGAGAGCAUCUACUCCGCGCUGAUCGUGAUGACGCUCGAUGGGCGCGGCACCUGCGUCGAGCUCGUCACGCGCAUCCUCCCGCUGCUCUUCGUCCUGCUGCUCGCCCUCUCGGCGCAGCUCAUGUUUGCAAUCUACCUCGACAGGGCGGUGUGGAUCGUCGCGGGCGACCUUGGCGACAGCUGCACCGAGACGCAGAUGUACAUGCGCUGGGUCGCCACCUUUACCUUUGUCUGCGUCACCCUGGCCGACGCCGGCAACACGCUCGAGAUCUACGAGUGGCUCCAGAUUCUGCCCAACGAGUGGCGGCACCGGCGGCUGCGCUAUCGGCGGUAUGAACUCAGCGGCGCGAUCCUCUCGCGCGUCCUUCCGCGCGAGUGCCGGCUCGACACGCCGCUGCCGAGCCCCGCCCCCUCCCCGACGGCGAGCGGCCCCAGCGGGCGGGCCUCAUUUGGCGCAAAACAGAGGCGCAACUCGCACUCUGUACCGGGCCGGCUCUCUGAGUAUGUCGGCUCGCUUGCCGAGGACUCCGCCGAGCGCCCGCGCGGGCCGAAGGGGGGUGAGGCGGGCUCGCUUGCCGAGGAGUCGAUCUCGCGCGCCGUCCCUGCGGGCUGGCCCACCAUCUCUAUCACAGCGCCGCUGACGGGGGUGACCCGGGUCGAGCGCACCGCGUUUUGGCUCAUGCUCGUCGGAAAGCUGGCGGCGUCGGUCAUCGUGAUCAUCGCCGGCUCUGGCGCACAGCUGCGCGGGGAGAUGUGGGGGAGAUGCGCUGUCGUGCGCUCGGGCAACGACUUUGACCUGAUCGUCAACACCCUCGCCGCCGUCUUCAUCGUCGACAUCCCGGCGCUCGCGUACAAGGUCUUCCUGCCCCCCGCGUACAAGCGGCUCGUCAAGGACAUCCCUCCGUUCGCCCACCCGAGCCCGCUUGAGGAGCGAAAGUGCACCUGCCGCAGCAUCGUCAACCGCUGCUCCGCCGCCAUCGCCGCCAAGCUACGGCUCGCCUUUGUCGGCCUCUACAUCUACAUCUACUUUGGCGCCUGCGUCGGCAUCUCCAUACUGCUCGUGCAAGUGCGCUGGUGCGGCGGCUUCGGCGACACCUGCCCCGCGUGGCUGUGGUGGUUCUGCGGCGAGGCGCCGUGGCUGGACCCUGGCCCAAACUCGACCCUAUAUCAGUUAUUGCCCCAGAUAGCGGAAGGUUGAGAGCCGAGUCAUGCACUGAGGGGCGUGGGCGAACCGCGGGGGUGGCCAAGUAGCGCCCUAGUAGGAGCGGCAAGGCUCGGCAGGAACGCGAGGGCUCGCGUGUGUGAUUGGGGGCUUCCACGCAACCGCAAAAGCCCACAUAUCGUUUUGUAGCAUGUUGCGAGAUAUACGGUCUUCAAGCGUAGUAGCUUUUGUGUACAGUAUAUUGCGAUAGAUCGCGGAGGUGUGUAAGACUGAUGACUGACUGGG